AUUCCAGCAAUCAGACGGGCAGGUUCAAUUUGCCGUUUGUGCAGUGUUUGUCCCCCAGCGCAUUGAAAUCAAACUAAAUUCUAAAUCGGCAAAAAUUCGUGUCUAAUCCAUUUUAUAAAAGAGAAUAUAAACCCUAUUUGCUACCCUUCCUCGUCCAUAAACCAAAAAAAUUACACGCAAACUAACGCUCGUGUUUCAAAAGUGUUCAAAUUAUACAAUUGUGUCAUCGAACGACCACCAUUGACCACCCCCAGUGACCAAAACAUCAAGUGCUUCGAAAGAAAAUAGUGCAUGCGGUUGUGACGGCGACAGCGACUACGACUACGACUACCGAUCACAGUUAAUAGUCCAGAAGGAAAAGGAGCCCAUACAGUGCCAGCGCAUUGAGGCUGAGCAGGAGGAAGCAACAGAAAUACAAACAAAAUCAAUUGAAAGUGCAGCUGGAGCUGGAGCAGUGAAGGAAGAACUGCAAAAGCAGAAGGAAAAACCAGCUGAAAAUCGAAGAAGAACCUCUGAAAACUGGACACAGAAACGAGCAACAUCUGAAGCUGCAACUUCGCAAAUAUCAGCAGCGCUUCAGGGCCAGCAUUAUUAGCUCCGUCCAUGGCCGCAAGCAGAGUCCGGUGAAAAUGGACAAGGGCCGCCUGAGAUUGCCGCAACUUUCGCCAAACUAGCAGAAGGGAAGAGGAGAGCAAGAGCAGAGCAGAGCAGGAGACAUCUACGGCAAAGACUCUUUUGGGCAAAGUAAAUAUUUGCCAAAUCUCAACAAAAGGGCCACAACAAUAGCUGCGAAUUGAAUCGUAGCCGAGGAAUUAGCCACAAAGGAAGACGCAUUCUCGCGAGAGUCCAUUAAGAGCAAGGCCCGGCCCCCACACAAGAGCAAUCUCCCCAAAUCUUCCAACGGCUAGAAGCACGCACAGACCGACACCCAGGGAGCAGGUUGAGAGCCGACGGUCCACUUAAAUGACCGAGUCCACACAGCUGCAAACGGCGGAGAACAACAACGCGGGCGUGGUUAAAAUGGAGCCACCGCCACCGGCGACCUCCUCAACCUCCGGCCACGCGCUAUCCGCACUCUCCAUGGCGGCCACCGGCUCCGCCCUCUCCCCAGCCACACCGCCACCAUCCGCCCUGGGUCUGUCACAGCAUCAGCAUCAGCAUCAGAGCCAUCAGAGCCAUCAGAGCCAUCAUCAACAGCAGCAGCACUAUGCCCUCAAAUGGAACGACUUCCAGACCUCGAUACUCAGCUCGUUUCGGCAUCUGCGCGACGAGGAGGACUUUGUGGACGUGACCCUGGCCUGCGACGAGCGCUCCUUCACCGCCCACAAGGUGGUGCUCAGUGCCUGCAGUCCCUACUUCCGCAAGCUGCUCAAGGCCAAUCCCUGCGAGCAUCCAAUUGUCAUACUGCGCGAUGUGCGCAGCGACGAUGUCGAGAAUCUAUUGAGCUUUAUGUACAACGGUGAGGUGAAUGUCAGCCACGAACAGUUGCCCGACUUCCUGAAGACGGCGCAUCUGCUGCAGAUUCGUGGACUGGCGGAUGUCAAUGGGGGCUAUCCCUAUGCCAAGGCGCUGUCCGCCGCCCUCUCGCACAGCAGCAACAGCAGCAGCAGCCACAACAACAACCUCAGCAGCAGCCACAACAACAAUCUCUCGGAGAGCAGCAAGAUCAACAGCUAUCUGCCACAGACCCAGACACAGACAAUGCUGAACAACAGCAACAUCAGCAGCGGCAGCGGCAGCAACAGCGGAGUCCUCAACAGCAGUCACGGUUCACCCUUCAGCACGCCCCAGGCUCCAGCCUCAGUGCCUGCCUCGAGUGCCGCAGCGGCGGCAGCGGCAGCAGCAGCCUCACUGACCGCUGCCGUGGCAGCAGCCGCAGCUGCCACAGCCAGCGCUAAUGCCAGCUCGAGCAGCAGCAGCAGGGACCAGCUACAGGGCCAGAGCACAGGCAGUGGCAGUGGCACGCCCGCCAUCCAGGAGCUGAAGGCAUCGGCAGCGUCGCCCGUAAGAACACCCAAUCCCAAUCCCAGCAAAGCCAGCAGCAGCAACCAUUGGGACAUGGGCGAACUGGAGGGCAGCCGCAAGAGCCACCUCACGCCGCCGCCACAGAAGCGCAUCAAGAGCGCCGAUCUCUUCCGGGCACAGCAUGGCAUCAGCCCCGAGCGGCUGCUGCUCGAUCGUGAGUUUCCCGUGGCCGGACAGCACCCGCUGACGCGCAAUCGCGCCGGACGCGACACCUCCAAGGACCGGGAGCGUAACCUGGAGCUGCGCGAGUCCCUGCUGGGACAGGCGCUCGAAAACAGCAACGGACAGCAGGCGGCGAAUCAGCAGAAACACGAUCUCGGACAAAGUGCUGGCGAGGACUCGAACAGCAGCGAUACGGAGCCCUCGGAUCGGGGCGAUGGCCAGCAUGAUGGCACCCUCGAUGGCAUCGACAAUCAGCGCUCGCACUCGUUCCCCAAUGCAUUCCUCGGCCUGCAGGGCAUACCCGGGCUGUUGCCAGGACCCUCUGGAAUGGGCAGUGAUUUCGGAACAUUCCUGAAUGCCAAGAACAGCAUCAAGCAGGAGGCCAUCGAGCCGGAGGCGGAGACGGAGGAGGAGCCACAGCCGCAGCCACAUGAGGCACAUGCCGCGGAUCGUCGCCCGGCUGCCAGUAAGUUGGCGAAAAUAAUGCAGCGGCCGCAGUUGUCGCAGUUGUUCGAGCAGCGGCGCAGCCAUCAGCCGCAGCAGCAGCAGCAUCAUCACUCGACGCACCACCACCAUCACCAUCACCACAAUCCGCACCAGCACCACAACAACAACCACAACAACAACAACAAUAAUAAUUCCAAUACGAACCACAACAAGAGGAAGCGGAACCGCUCGGCCAACUCCUCGCCCACGCCCUCGGCGCGAUCCUGGAACGACAGCGAGGAGGAGCACGAGCCGGAGGAGAACAACCAGAACAACCACACCAACAACGACGAUGAGGAUGAUCGCUCGUCGUCUGCCUCCUCGGCCAUAUCGCUGACCAUGAAGCGGACACGGCAGUCCAGCGAGUCCACUCUCUAUCAGACGCUGCUGCUGAAGCAGGAGCAGCAGCAACAGCAACAACAGCAGCAGCAGCUGCAGCACUCACGGCACGAGGCAGCCCAGCAGCAGCAACAGCAGCAGCAACACCAACAGCAGCAGCAGCAACAACAAUAUCUGGAUGAGCUGCAACAGUCCGUGUCCGUGUCGCACCAGCAGCAGCUGACGGCCAAUCUGUUCAUGGCCCGCACCAUUGCGCUCAGCCGCUCCCGGGACUUUCCCGAACUCUUCCAGAACACCUCGGCGGCGGCCGUGGCAGCGGCAGCAGCAGCCGCAGCCAGUGCCACAGCCGCCACAGUGAGUCCGGGGAAAGGCAGUGGACCUGGACCCGGACCGGGUCCUGUGCCUGGUCCUGGACCCGGACCGGGAACCGGACCUGUGCCGGGCAGCAGCACGCCAAGCAGCAGCAGCAGCAGCAACUACAUGCUGCCCUGUCCGUUGUGCGAGACGCCGCUGGAGCAGCGCGUCUUCCGGCAGCAUCUGGACCGGCACUACCCGCGCGACAGUCCCGUGUGUCCGGUGAUCGAGUGCGGACGGCGCUUUGCCCAUCCCAACUCUGUGCGGAAUCACAUGCGCAUCAAGCACACCCUCCAGUGGGCCAAGAUGAAGGCCAUGCGCUCGUCCGGGGGCCCCUUUGCCGGCGGGCCUGACUUCAAAUGAAACUGCGAGGCGGCCCACUAGUGUCGCGGGCUAGACCUGUAAUACUCGUUACACCCCAUACCGUACCGUACUCCCCCCCCCCGCAAAGCUUUCUAGGUUGCUGCUUUCAGUCACACAAUGGCGACAAUAAAUCGAAUCUAACUUUAAAGUUUAAACAACACCCCAAUCUCGAGACACACUCGCAAUCUAUCGUAGGUAGCCAAAAGUAGUCCAAGUCCAAGUCAAAGGCGAAAGUCGUCGUCAUCCACUAUAAUUUUAGUAAUUGUAAGCGCACUGGAUGGAUCCUUUCCUAUAAGCCAACUACGUGGCACAGGAUCCAGUCAGCCGUGCCAUGCCCAUCCUUUGUUGCUCACUUCCUUCUUUUAUGUGUGUACAUUAUAUGUUAGCAUUGGGAAAAGGUUUCAAUCAGUUUCAGGAAUUUCUAAAACAUUUAUUUCACUCUUUGGAGACUUUUGUUCAAAUUAGUUCCACACACUUCCCCAUAACUACAGCAAAAAGAAACAGAAGAUAAUAAUGGAAUGGUUUCAAGCAGUUUCAUUCGCUUUCAAGAUCGAAACUAUUCAACUCUCAUUCGGAUUUGAUCACUCAAAGGAAGGAAGAGGCAGCAGAAGAUUGAGAUGAGCUUUAGAUGGAUUCUAGAGUCCAGAGAAGCUUCCUAGCAGACAAGUGGAUGAUCGCUUUUGGGUUUAGGAUACUUACAAACAAUUAUUACGUUCCUAUAUUCAAUAUAGUAUAUUAAAGAGUGCAGACAACUAAAGGCUCUGACAGUAUGUUUACCCAAAUGAAGAAAAUGAAAUUCCAAACAAAAUUUGAAUUGAUUUACAGUGCAAAGGGAUCUGUAGAAUAAAACUCCAGUAAACUCCAGUAAAAAUAUGUGCAGUAUUAUGAUUAAAACCAAUACCAAAAAAAACAAAAAACAAAGACAAAAAAAAGAAGAGAAUUACAACACAAGAAGAAUAAUAAUAUUAAUUGAUAGAAUUACAUAAGCAGACGUAUGUAAGCCAUUGAGAGGUUGGAGAAACUAUGUAGAUAAUGAGCUAAAACCAAGCAAACCACAAAAUUAUAUAUAUAUAUAUAAAAAACGAUGAUAUGAUGUAGUUAUAUUAUGGAUAUUGAUACUGAAACAAAAUAGAAUGUGCCUGCAUAAUAUAUUUUUAGCCAAACAAAACAAAAAACGAAGAAGAAAAAGAAAAAGAAAAUAAGAACAAACAAAAAUAACUAAAAGUAAAAGAAAACUAAAGUUGAAAAAAACCGAUUUGUAUUAGAGAAAAAGUUCAAAAUUGAUGGAAGAAUUUUGUUUUGAUUCGAUUUUCGAUUCCAUUCGAUUGGCGGCCGCUGGCUUUAAGUACUACAGAAACGAGCAGAUGGAAAACAUACGUAAAAAGGUUCCUAUAAUGUUAAUCAAAACUAAAAGAAAGAAAAGAAAAAACCCAAAACCAAAAAAAACCGAAACUUGGGCAAAAACUAGCGCAAGUAAUCGAUCAACUUUGAGGCUCGAUUCAAAAUAUAUAUCUAUAAAUUCCAUUUCGAAGCGGACAAUUUUACAAUUGUAGUUUAUAAAGCAUAUAGAAAAACGA